UAGYGAUCAGAAACUUGCAUCGGGGUUCCUGUGGUUUUUAAAGGAUGAGACUGCGAUAUUCAUUGGUCAGAGUUUACGCAGGUCUCUUAGCAACAACUCAAACACCUUCACUGUUCACUAGAAUUCGUAAAAUCGACUUCUGAACCAUAAACAAGACUUUAUAACGACAAUAAUGCGUUAAAAGGCAAAGAGAACGGUCUGAUGUUGAAUAACAAGCCUUCUAGCGCUGGUACAGAUCGUUAUGUCGAUAUCAAUGGCAAAGAAAGGGUGCAUUUUGCUGAAGAAAAGUCUAUAACCCCGACAGAGAGCACGGAAGAGCAGGACGAGGACGACAAGGAUGGACUUAGUAUUCAACUUGCUAUCGAGAAGAAGCAGAGACGAAAGACUAUUGUGAAUUCUUUUCGACUGGCAGAGCUUGUACCAACAACAAGUACACCUUUUUCAAGCUACAGGCGAAAAUCGAUUGCUUUUACGGUUCAAAGUGUUGUUGACUUAAAAGCUGAAGAACAUUAUUGUGAUGGACUAAGAUUUUCCAAUACCAAUCAAGACUAUAGAGCAAUAUCAUGUUUCAACAAAGCAAUUUCCCUGAAACCUGACARCAUAAAAUUCUACACUGCAAGAGGAGAAUCAUUUCUUCAAAUCUGUGACUUUCAGUCUGCCAUUUUGAACUACAAGAAAGCGUGUAUUUUAGAUCCUGAUAACGAUGAUUAUUACUCCAGACUUGCAUUCAUCUAUUUUUUCCAAGGACAGUGUUUGUUUGAUGAAAAGCUUUAUACGGAGGCACUGGAGUCAUUUUCCAGAGCCGCAGAGAUGAAACCUGAAAUUAUUGGAUAUCACACGAGAAGUGUGGCUUGUUUAUCUGCAUUGCAAAGACAUGGAGAGUGCCUUGCUUUGGUAAACAAGAGACUAGAAGAAGAAAACACCAACCCAGAUCUUUUCAUCAUGAGAGCAAGAUUACAUGAGCUCUUCAGAAAUUCAACUCUUUGUUACUAUGAUGUCAAAGAUGCGUUGGCUCUUGCUCCCGACAACGAAGAAGCACAGUCAUUGAUGAAAUCUUUACAGAAGAGAGCAAGUGACAGCAAACACCAGGCAGUACAGCUUCUUCUGGUAGGAAAGGUUAAGGAGGCUCUGACUAAAAUAUCUGUUGCCUUGGAAACAAAUCCAGCAAUUCCUGAAUACCACGUUUUUAGGGGUGCAUUGCACAGAAGAACAACAGAUUUCAAUGCCGCAAUAGAUGAUUUUCUGCUAGCCAUGGACAAAGCAGAUCAUGACGAAACCAACGCUACCUACAAAGAGGCUCAACAACAAUUGUUACUAUGUUACAACGACUUUGCAGUGGAAUGUUUCAGUAAAGGGUUUUAUGACGAAGCUAUUGUCCUUCUCAAUAAGUCAAUCAAAGGCGAGAAAAACGAAAAAGGCCUGUACAUCAACCGUGGAGAUUGCUUCUUUCGAGCAAGYGAGCUUCAUUUUGCUCUAGCAGACUACCAACAAGCCCUAGAGCUGGACCCUACMGACCAUAAUAUACUUUCACGCAUGUCUGUCAUCUACAAUGAAUUUGGAAUACUAGAGUAUUAUGACCGACACUAUCUAGAAGCCAUCGACUGCCUUACUACGGCAAUCAAUUAYAAUCCAAAAACAUCUGCUUAUUAUUUAUCAAGAGCAAGAGCAAGAUAUAUGAUCGAAGAUAGCGACGGUGCAMGAGAAGAUGUUAUUAAAUGCCUCUAUUUAAACCCUGAUAGCAAGGAAGUUCUUUCAAUUUUUUCGAGACUUUUUCCUGGACGAACAGUUUCCGAGAUUACCAAAGGUAGCUUAGGAAAAGCCGCCGGACGUGCGGUGGAGGCUCAUAUACGCGACACUUUUGGGAAUGAGCUUUCUUCUCAUCUUAGAAAAAUGUCCGUGUCAACUUCCAAGUUUUCRGGAAAAUCAAUCCUUCCCCCAAUACGUGAUGGGAUGUUUCCAGAGAUACGGUCGUGUAUGGAAGAACAAGAUUUUCACAUCAAUAUCAUUAAAAGUAAAAAGAAGGCAACCGAUGUGGUGAAAAAGGCAUUCAAUACUCGACAAAACCUGUCUUACAAAGGACCAAGAGUUCAGUCUACGAUUACUUCAAUACAAAAACCUACUAAGACAUUUAAUUGGGGAACUAGUAUCCCUGAAARGGYUUUGCCUUCUGCACGAACUCAUAAACUAAAAGCCUUGACAUACGAGGCUUAGUGAYUAUAAUUAAAAUGAUUUUAAGAAUUUCAAUGAAAGAAAAUAUAUAUAUUUUAUAAAACUUAGUAUUAUUUGAACAUAAGUUUUGUUUUAACCAGAAUCAGAUCUGGCAAAGACGCAAAUCCGACCAUAAUCAAUAAAAAAUCACUACAAAAACAUUUAUGAAACAAUCGAAAACACAAGAGACGUGACCACUGAGUAUAAUGCAUGUAUGUAUACAUGUUUUCAUCACUUUAUAUACGUAGGUUUGUAAGUCCAAAUAAUCUUCUAAAAACUAUCAUUUCAAAGUAAUUACUGCAUGAUUGAAAGGAAUUCACCUUAUUACGUUAUGGAGUUAGUACACAAAUGAAAGUCAACUGUUCAU